AUGAUGUCCAUCGGUCUCCACUGCCGCAUUGUUGGCUUGCCGGCGCGCACGGCCGGGCUUCUGCGUUUCCUCGACUACAUGGAGCAAUUCCGAGACGAGAUUUGGGUCUGCACGCGCGAAGCCAUUGCGCUACACUGGCACGCCCACCACGCACCGCCCCGCAGUGCCAAGCUCUAA